UACGACAGCGCGCUGAAAGCCGCCGUCGAAGACCUCAAGUACGCCCGCGGCCCCACCGCCCGCCAAAUCGCCGACGCCGCCCUCGCGCACCUCGCUCACAUCGGCGACCAAGCCGCCCGCUACGCCGACACCUGGGGCGAGCUCUGGGCCAUGCUGUUGUACGCAUCGAAGCAUCUGCGCCUCGCGCGCCGCGACGCCUACGCAGCCGUGACGCCGUGCUUACUACGCGCCCUGUCGACUACCGCGAGCCUCUUCAACGAGAAGCAGGAGCAGGGGUGCGCGGGCACGGCGGAGCUAGCGCGCAUUGCGGCCUCGACGUUCGACAAUGUCCUCAUGGAGAGGAAGAUAGUAGAUGAACAUAUCGGUAGGAGCUUUGUGCAGUGGCUGACGACGUGUUGCGCUAAGUUGGAACGCGCUUCGAAAGAGGUGGAAGAAGGUAUUGGGAGCGGUGCGGUGCGUGUCCUCACGCUGGGGAACUCGAGUGCGAUUCGAACGGCGAUUCUACAUGCCCUUACUACUAUCCCGACACUAGUCCUGAACGUUACGAUCCUGGAGGCGCGAUCCAAGACCGAGGGCGCGCAGAUGGCGCACCAGAUCCUCAUGUCGUGGAGCGAUCGCACCCGCCUUUCCGUCCACGUAGUGUCUUGUUCAGCAAUGCGCGCGGCAGCCCGCGACAUCGACGUCAUGCUCCUGGGUGCCGAGCAGAUCUCGUCCAAGGGCGCCGUUAGGAACAAGACCGGUACUCUGGCUGCCGUGCAGUGUGCUAGGAUGCUCAAUGCGGGCGUUGCGGUCGUGGUGCUCAGCGAUAUGGACAAGAUUGCUGCCCCGGGCGCGGAGAUCGGUGCUAGUAUGCGACGUAAUCCGCAUGCGGAUCCGGCGACGAUGAAUAUACUAGAGGGCAAGACCGGGAUUGAAUGGAUAUCUGCGGGUCUUGUCGAUGCGUAUGUUACCGAGAAGGGAAUUGUGAAUGUUGGUGAGAUAAAGGUGCUGGCUAGGGAACUUGGCGAGCUGGAAGAAUACAUCUUUGGGCGAAAA